GAAGGCAAUCUCUGCGGCCAUCUUACUUGUGGCUAUGUGCUCGUUGGCACAAUCUGCUGUACACAGACUUGGGCUGAAGUACACUCCUGUCGCCCGGCAAAAUUGAGCUUCACGCGGAAAGGAAAAUUAGAGCAGCACCUCAAACAGAAGGCCUCCAGAAUGGACAAGAUUUCCCAUCUUGAUGUUGCUUCUACUCCUGUCAUCGACUAUGACGAUAUGGCUUACAUGGUUGAAAUCACACUUGGCACUCCACCGCAGACAUUUGUCGUGUUCCUCGACUCGGGAUCGUCAAACCUUUGGGUACCGGAUUCAACCUGCUCCGAAGGACAGUCAUCGACAUGUGGUACCUACUGUGAGCAGACACCUAUGGAAACGUGUUUGAAAUUCUGCCAACUGACUGCUGUAAACAUUCCGGACAAAGAACGCCUGUACUACGAAACACAGCUUCAAUCAAACAUUGUCGAGCACAUACCAAAGACAGCCAGGUUCCUUCGCGAUGAGUUACCAAACUGGCGAUACAAUCAAAUCUUUGGACAAGUAACGCAGAUGGCUGAGGCGUUCGACAAGCAACCCGAAGACGGUAUGCUUGGUCUAGGAUGGCCGGCGCUGGCAUACCAAGCCAUCACACCUCCGAUGUUCAACCUGCUCAAUCAGGGGCAACUCGAUCAGCCGUACUUUGUCGUGUAUAUGCGACAUCUUGGCACUCACUCUGCUGUAGAUGGUGGACAACUGACCGUUGGUGGUCUUGAUCCCGAUCACUGCUCGGCCACAUACGACACCAUUCCGUUGACAUCCAAGACUUUCUGGCAGUUCAAAAUGUCAAGCGUCUCCGUUGGAUCAUACACAGCAGCCCCCGGCACCGGCUGGCAAGCAAUCUCCGACACUGCGUCCACGUUCAUCGGCGGACCAAAGGCCAUAGUAGACAACAUUGCGAAGCAAGUUGGAGCUAAAUGGAUCGAAUCUCUGGGCUCCUAUUUCAUUGAUUGCAAUGGUGACCAUCCUGACAUCGAAUUCGGUAUUAAUGGCAACACCUACAGUAUCUCGGCGCAGAACUACCGAAUUUCGGCAGGAAUUGGACUCUGUAUGUUUGCUUUCUUCCCGUCAACCGGGGUUUUGGGUGUGCUCUAUUCCAGCUUGGAUGCUUGGACCACCUCUGAUCAGAGAAUACUGUCAAAUUCAUGA